UUUUACACACAGAUUUGACUACUCAUCCAAUCCUCUACUUUUCCUGAAAGCAGAGGAUUGGAUGACCGUCUGCGCAUCAUGGAGGCACCUGUGAAAGUCGCUGUGAUCAGUCGGAGGGACAACAAAAAUAACUGGUCUAAUGUGAGUGGACGCGGUCAAUGAUUCCCAUUCAGCACCAAGACGAUGUGAAAUCCAGCGCAGGCCGCUCUCCGCAUCUCAUCCGCCCAUCCCCUCCUGCCAGCUGCCACUUGCAGUAGUGGUGAUGCUGCUCCCUGGUGUGUAGAGGAGGAGAGAGAGCGCGUCCGCUGCCCAAUGACAGCGCAGGAUGCUGAGAGAGGCUGCUGGGGUGAAUGGAGGCGACAAGAUGCCGUCUAGAGCGGCGAAGGAGAGGAAUUAACAUCGAUAAAGAUCUGACAUUGAUGUGCUCCACCUAUUCAGACAUGAUAUAAGUCACCCAUGUGCGGUUCUAAGAGUCAGAGCAGUCUCAUUGCAGCACGCCCCCGUUAAGGACCCUCUGGUGGCCACACCGCCGAAUCACAGGUCAUGUACGGCAGUGCCAGAGCUGUAGGCCAUGUAGAGAGCAGCCCCGUACGGUCCCCGCGCCUGCCGAGGUCCCCCAGAUUGGGCCAUAGAAGGGCGAACAGCGGGAGCGGGGGUGGUGCGGGGGGCAAGACGCUCUCCAUGGAGAACAUCCAAUCCCUCAACGCUGCCUAUGCUACUUCGGGGCCCAUGUACCUGAGCGACCACGAGGGCGUGGGCUCCACUGCCACAUACCCAAAAGGCACCAUGACUCUGGGUCGCGCCACCAGCCGGGCCAUGUAUGGGGGCCGCGUCACAGCCAUGGGCAGCAGUCCCAAUAUCGCUUCAGUGGGGCUGCCUCAUGCUGACCUUCUGUCUUACAGUGACCUGGGCUCCCUCUCCAUGCUGCACCCCCACCACCACCAGGGGGUGCCCUCCGCUCUGCUCAGGCAGGCUGUGCGGGGCAGUGGUGGGGAGCUGCUGGAGAUGCAGGCCCAGUUCAGGGAGAUGCAGAGGGAGAAUGAGAUGCUGCGACGAGAGCUUGACCUGAAAGACAGUAAGUUGGGAUCUUCCACCAACAGCAUCAAGAGUUUCUGGAGUCCUGAGCUGAAGAAGGAGAGAAUAAUGAGGAAAGAGGAGGCGGCUCGCACAUCAAUCCUGAAAGAACAGAUGAGAGUCACUCAUGAGGAGAACCAGCUGCUGGAUGCCAGGAGAACCAAGCAUCUCCAGAUGACCAUCCAGGCUCUCCAAGAUGAACUGCGCACACAGCGAGACCUCAACCAUCUGCUGCAGCAGGAGAGCGGCAACCGCUCUGCCUCCGAGCAUUUCACCACCAUCGAGCUGACAGAGGAGAACUUCCGGCGGCUGCAGGCAGAACAUGACAGACAGGCCAAAGAGCUCUUCUUGCUGAGGAAGACCCUGGAGGAGAUGGAGCUGAGGAUCGAGACCCAGAAGCAAACGCUGGGAGCCAGAGACGAGUCAAUUAAGAAGCUGCUUGAGAUGCUGCAGAGCAAAGGGCUGCCCCCGGGGCCGGGCAGGGCGUCUGAGGAGGAGGAGCAGGAGAGAGCCAGACGCAUUGCUGAGGCAGAGGCCCAGCUGGGACACCUGGAGGUCAUUCUGGACCAAAAGGAGAAGGAGAACAUCCAUUUACGAGAGGAACUGCACAGAAGAAAUCAGCUGCAUCAGGAUCCAAGCAAAACCAAGGCUCUGCAGACCAUUAUAGAGAUGAAAGACACCAAAAUUGCCUCUCUGGAGCGCAACAUUCGAGAUCUGGAGGAUGAGAUCCAAAUGCUGAAAGCAAACGGCUUACUGAACACAGAGGACAGAGAGGAGGAGAUCAAACAGAUGGAGGUCUACAAGAACCACUCUAAGUUUAUGAAGACUAAGAUUGACCAGCUGAAGCAGGAGUUGUCGAAGAAAGAGUCAGAGCUGCUGGCUCUGCAGACAAAGCUAGAAACUCUCAACAACCAGAACUCAGACUGCAAACAGCAUAUCGAGGUGCUCAAAGAGUCGCUCACUGCCAAGGAGCAACGUGCUGCCAUCCUGCAAACAGAGGUGGAUGCUUUACGUCUGCGUCUGGAGGAAAAGGAAUCCUUCCUGAACAAGAAAACCAAGCAGCUGCAGGACCUGACGGAAGAGAAGGGUACUCUCGCCGGAGAAAUCAGGGACAUGAAGGACAUGUUGGAGGUCAAAGAACGGAAGAUUAACGUCCUGCAGAAGAAGAUUGAGAACCUGCAGGAGCAGCUGCGGGACAAAGACAAGCAGCUGGGAAACCUGAAGGACAGAGUCAAGUCUCUGCAGACCGACUCCAGUAACACAGACACUGCCCUGGCCACCCUGGAGGAGGCGCUGUCAGAGAAGGAGAGGAUCAUAGAGCGUUUAAAGGACCAAAGGGAGAGAGAAGACAGAGAACGUCUGGAAGAAGUGGAGUCAUAUAAGAAGGAGAACAAGGAUCUGAAGGAGAAGGUCAACAGCCUGCAGAUAGAACUAACAGAGAAAGAGUCCAGUCUCAUUGAUCUGAAAGAACAUGCAUCAUCCUUGGCAUCCUCUGGCCUCAAGAAGGAUUCAAAGCUCAAGUCACUGGAGAUUGCCAUCGAGCAGAAAAAAGAGGAAUGUAGUAAGUUGGAGACGCAGUUGCAGAAGCAAGCUGAGCAGCUAUUCAGUCACAUGAACAAUCCUAAGGCCCACGAGGUGGAGCAUCAGUCGGGCCCAAGAGGAAACCCGGAGUACGUGGACCGAGUGAAGCUGCUGGAAAAGGAAGUGAACUACUACAAGGACGAAGCCAGCAAGGCUCAGACGGAGGUCGAGAGACUCCUCGACAUCCUGAGAGAGGUGGAAACAGAAAAGAAUGACAAGGACAAGAAGAUCGCUGAAUUGGAGAGCCCCCCACCCUCCGCCCCUCGCCCCACCCCUCGUCCCGGUGGCAGAGCUCCCCCUGACCCGCUCCCUUCUGUGUCCGCUGCUCCCCAGCAGAUAGGGGGCAUGGUGUGGGAUUUCCUGGGAAAACAGGGAGGCAAAGAUCAGACUAAGAAGGGUCCAAACAUCAAAUUAGGACCACAAGGGGACAAGAAAGGCUUAGGACAGGACCUUCGUAAGGACGGUUCCAUAGAUGGUGGUCACCACUUGAAGUUGGAGGAGCUGAUGAACACGCUGGAAAGGACGAGGCAGGAGCUGGAUGCCACCAAGCAGCGUCUGUCCUCCACACAGCAGUCUCUGCAGGAGAGGGACACACACCUCACCAACAUGAGACAAGAGCGCAGGAAACAACUGGAGGAGAUCCUUGAUAUGAAGCAACAAGCUCUGCUGGCAGCCAUCAGUGAGAAAGAUGCUAAUAUUGCACUGCUGGAACUGUCUGCCUCCAAUAAAAAGAAGACCCAGGAGGAGGUGCUAGGCCUCAAGAGGGACCGUGACAAACUGAUGCUUCAGCUCAAACAACACACACAGAGCAGAAUGAAGCUGAUUGCUGACAACUAUGAAGAUGAGCAAUAUCACCCACAUGCUCCUCACCACCCCCAGCCGCAGCCCCCUCACGCUCAGCCCCAGCCCCAGCCCCAGUACCCCCACCCUGCCCACGGCCAGCAGUCUCCGUAUCCACACGGCCCGCACCCGCAACACCCGCAACAUCCGCAGCAUCCCCAGCACCCGCAGCACAUGCAACACCCCCAGCACCCACAGCAUCCACAGGCCCCUCAACAGCACCCACAUCCACAGCAGCCUCAGCCCCAGUACCCCCACCCUCAGCACCCCCAGCACCCCCAACCGCCUCCACAGCACCAACAGCACCCACAGCACCCACGCCCUCAACAGCCCCAGCACCCCCACCAACAGCACCCCCAGCAUCCUCCGCACGGACACGCCCCGCCACAGCACCCUCACCCCCACCCUCAGCACCCACACGGCCCCCCCCAGCAAGGGCAGCACCCCCAACAUCCGCAUCCGCAGCACCCUCAGCACCCUCAGCACCCGCACCACGCCCAGCAUCUACGCCACCCAUCGCCCCACCAUCGCGGAGGCUCGGCCCGAGGACCCCCACAUGCUGGUCACCGCCCCUCCCCAGACCAGGAUGAUGAGGAGGGCAUCUGGGCAUAAUCCUUGCUGUGACAACCAAAGCUCUAAUGUUGAUUUGAGGGGUGAGAUGAUUCAGUCACUACUGGAGGAGCACAGCCAUGCCAUGAUGUUGCAACACUACCCGACAAAACAUUUAUUAUCUCUACUCAGUCAAUACUCAGCAAUGGGACCUUUGUUUUUUUUUGUUUUUUUUUUUGUUUGUUUCUUCCGGGGAAGAGAAGGGGGCACUCAGGUGUGCAGGUCACGCAUGGAGACCGAAAGUUGUGCAGGUACUUUCAGGCAUUUACCUGGACACAUGCUGCAGUGUGUAAUGUCACGCAAAGAGAAAAUAAGAAGUUACUACGUUUCCAAUCUGCAACUUAGACCGUCUCCUGUUCUGCUCCAGGUGAUGUGGGACCUUCUUCUUUCUGUGAACGCUCCACUACCUUCACGCACAAUUACAGCUACACAGCCAAGUGGAAGGAAAGAGAUGGAUUGAUGUCGAUGGAGAGACAGAUGUUUUGUGUGUCAAAUUGUGGCUUGGACAGGUGUGUAAUCAUCAUGGCAGCCAAUCCGCAUUGGAGGUCUCACAGAGGUCAACUCACCUGUCCAUCACCUGCCGAGCGAUCCGCCCAUACAGGCCAACGACGCCCUCUUGAUCCUCCCAGCAGAAGAUCCUCGUCUGCCAGCCCAGUAUUUUGUACUUCAUCCCUCUUCCUUUUCAAGAUCAUGGUUGUCUCGCUGACUGUUUCCCCUGCCUGACUGACUCCUCUGGCUCUGGUUGGCUCCUCCGCCUGACUCAUGCUCAUGAUUGAUCGAUCCUCACUGCCCUUCUGACCCAUCUGGUGACAUCUGACCCCUCUACCUGGCUAUCAUGACCCCCCCCCCAUCCUUCAGUGUGAAGAGCCUCUUCUGUUGUUAGAACCAUCUGAUUGUGUCGAUGAGCUAGAUUUACUCUUUGUGGCACACAGUGACCUCUUUUUUUACCUUUGUACAUGCCUCACCCACUAGAGUGUUCAGCAUUUCUAAGUGUGAUGUUGCGUACCUUUACUAGCAUGUUCCACACACACACACACACACACCAGAUUCGAGCGAGUUUAGGUUUUCCUAUUGUCAUUUCUUGUCGGCAAAAGGAAGAGCUUUGAGUUGACUGAUAGUACGCCUUGAGCCUUGCCUGCAGCAUUAAGGGCUUCCUUGGCUGCAUGAGCAGGGCCCUCCAGUUCUUGGGCUUGUGUGAGCCUUCAGGCUGUGGCUGUCAUCUCCUCAUGUUACCUCAUUUUAAUCAGAAGUAGUCAAAAAAAAAGAAUUAAUCUAUGCAGAUGUCAACAUAGAGUGAGUACAUGUUUAUUUCCCAUCAUCACCUCAAUCAAAUCAAACUGUAAUUAACCAUCCAAUCAGAGCGGCCAAGAGAGUGGUCAGAGAAUAUUCAUCAGAUUAUUUUCAUUUUCCGAGACUAUGCACCUAUGCACCUCCUCUGUGUUGCAGGAAUUUUUACUAAUGGUGCUUCUGCUGGUGCUCAAACUAAAUGGUGUCAGAAGACCUGGUCAAGAGCAUCUUUUAGUCCUUUUACAGUAGAGGGUACUUGAUCCCACUAUGGGCUUCAUAAACAACAGUGAAAGACUCCUUUGUACAUACAAUUUAAAAACAUGGGGGCUUUUUGUGAGCGGCGGUCACUUCAAGUCCCUCACACACAGAAAUACUGCUUCUAUGAGCAUCGUUAUAGACUACAAAGUGAAGACAGUGUCCAAUAGAUGUUCUCCUUGCAGGUCUAUUUGUACCACUGACACCCCCAGUCUCUGACCUACAGUAUGAUCCUGCUCCCCUCUUCCUUGUACUCUUCCAGCAGUAGUCUGUGUGACCUCCCCGAACAUAGUGACUUGUUUUCUCCUUCUCAACAAGGUGGCCUGUGCCUCGUAAAAACUGUACACAUAUGAUAGAUAUGCAUAUAUUAUACAUAUAGAGAGAAAUCUAUAGAGUGUGUCUAUACGUGGUCAGAAAAUCGUUUCAAACUGACAAGAUGCUAUAUGUUUUUUCUUCAUGGUUAUUUUUCUAACUGGCUGGAGGUCAGAGAGAUGUCUUAUUCAAAGCGUUGAGUGGUGUGGUUUUCCUCUGAUUUGUACUUGGUGAGAAAAAAAAUAAACCGCAGCAGAAUUAACAUUCCCUGUCUGAAAUUACAGGACAGCCCAAAAAACAAACAAGAGCUUUAGAGCAGUUUAUGGGAAAUAAAGUGAAGUGUAUCCAAAUCUAUAUAGAAGUCUAGAAACAGAUGACGUUAUUACAUUCCUUAAUGUGAAAACAACUCAGUUGAAGACCACUUGGCCUGUGGUAACAACUUUAAAUAACUUUUUUUUUUAAAUUUUGCAGCUCACACAGGUAGCAAUGAGAUUAUGUCUGCUGCACUCAGCAGUCAGAAGCUUGCACUUGUGAGUGAGGACUAUCACGAUUAACAUCCGAGUGGAGGUUUGAGUGACUCUGUCUGGAUGCAUUUCUUUGGUGUGUUUGUCGUCGUCGUCGUCUCGUGAACAGAAGUGGUGAUGUAUGUGACCGUGACAGCUAACUAAGUAGAAAAAAACAACACACAUUGUUACAGUAUAGUGGAAAAAUGAAGUAGACUGUUACUAUUCCCACUUCCUCUCCCUCCCAUCAUGGUGCCUGUGUGUCUCUCCCUUGUAUGGCCAAGUGUUGGUUGUUGUAUAUAAACGUCUUUCCAUACGCCCAUCUUCCACAAACCGAGGUGAUCCGUGCAUCAUCUUUUAUGCGUCUGCUUCCCACGUGAACCUUCACAGCUCCUGUCACUGACCAAGAAUUAAGAGAUUGUGUGAAACUUUGCUGUUUGUGUUUACAAUUGUUCAGAUAGAGGUCCUGAUUUGGAUUCUUUUUUUUUUUUUUCAAAAAGGGAAGACAAUGCAAACAGACAGAGGAUCAAAAAUCCUGUCACUUCACCAUCAGGGGGGAUGGAGUAUGAAUCCUCCAUUUUCAGGUCCUUAUCUACUGAAUACUUGAAGUAGGGUCUCCUACCAUGAAAUAGCGCGUAUGAUUUACAUGGUAGACAACAUGGAACAUUUUAAUUGUGCCCAUGCAUGCUGAUUUUUACAUAAUGUGCCAACUGAAAGUGAUAUUGUAAGGAUAAUCUCCUGUUCUCUAUGCAGAGCGAUUUCUCUACCGUUGUGUCAAAAUAAGGUUUUGGAGACAUCAAGGCUUAGAGGCUGGGGCUGGUUUCCUGGGCUUAGACUAAAGACUAAUCCUGGUUGUGAACAACUGGCAUCGCACACGGUGAGCUGUGAGUCCAGAAGGCGAGGCUUCAUCUGUGCCUAGAAGCAGCUGUGUAGAAAGACUUGAAAAGCCUGUAGAUUCACCAGUGAUUUUCAAAAGGCCUUCAGAAAAAAGUAUGAGACGCCUAACAUACAUUUUCACUUUAUUGUUGUAACCAGGUUGUUUUUCUUUUACUGUAUGUCGCUGAAAACUUUGGAUCAAACAAAUCACUGUGACCAAUGCCAGAAACCUUUUUGUUUGACAGAGCAAAUACUGCAUUUACUUUUUUAUUAUUCAUUUUUGUAUUUAAGUUAGCUUUAUUUUUUCUAUUGUUUCAGCUUAUGGAAUAUGCCAGUUUGAGACUGUACUAUUUGUAUAAGUAAAUGUUUUGAGCUGUACAGUAAAGAACUAGGAUCAAAUUAAAUGUGUGUCCAGCAUGCUGAAUGAUUAUUUGUGUGAACGUGAGCUAAUCUCCCAUGAAGCACCAUUCCUCAUUCAUUAAUUGCAUCUGCAUCGUGCAUUGUGACGGUGUGAUGUUGUGUUUGAGAGUGAUGUGUGUCUCACUUACUGUGUCCCCUUAGUAGACAGCCUGUGCAGUUUUGUGAGAGUGCAGCAUGUUUUUGGGGUUGCUGGUGUAAAUGUAUUCAGAAAAGAGAGAUAUGAGAGUGUGUGUGCAUAACUGCAUUUAUUGUUUAACGAGUGUGUGCGAGUGUGCGUAUGUUUGUGUGUAUCUGUGUGUUAUGAAUGCACAAGAGAAAAAUCUAUUUAAAAAAACUUUAUCAGAGAGUCCCGAGAGAAAAAACAGUGAGGUUGAGUACAUUUUGAAUGAAGCAUGGAUACUCUGUAAUGUUUUUUGUUUUUUAAACAAUAGGAGGCUGUCCUCAGUGCCCCUGUUUGCUAUUGUAUGUGCUGUAUCAGAAUAUUACUAUUGAGUGUUGGCCAGCUUGUUUAUAUCCAUCAAAUAAAGGUGACUUUCUUUC